AUGGUGCUCUCUUUCCUUCUGCAUCUGAUGAUCUUCCUCCAGGUGUUCCUGUUUGCUGCAGUAUCUGCAGACCCUUUGCCAGUCCCUACCCUCUCCACAGACCCCAGUUAUCAUGUAUACUAUGAAGGGGAGCGUGUAGCUUUGAUAUGUUUGGCUCCAACAAAGAGGACAAUAGGCGGAUUUUGGUUCUUCAACCAAAGUGGGGACCAAAUCUACCAGAUAGCACCCUAUCACCACACAGCUGCCUGGCUCCAGCUCACAGCUGCAAAAAUGUCCAGUGGAGAGUACACUUGCAUGUACUGGGUGGAGGAUUCUGGACAAGCAAUCUCUUCCAAUAGGAGCCUUCCUCUUUCAGUUAAGGUGCAAGGUGCUCCUAAGGCCCCAGUUUUGUCCCUGGAUCCUCAGCAACAUGUCUACAUAUCUGGGGACUAUGUCAAGCUACUCUGCUCUGUCCCCUCAUCUCCAGCCUAUGCUAGAGAAAUCCAGUACUAUGGGGAUUUUGGACUUGCAAUCUCUAUCCCAGUAUCAAAUAUUAAGAACUAUAGUUACAACCUCAGGAUCACAGGAGAGGAGGUCUCUGGGUCUUACAGUUGUGCUUAUUUUGUAUUUUGGUCUAGACGUACUGUUCGCUCAGAGAGGAGCCGCUGGGUCCAUGUGUAUGUGAAAAGCCAGAAAAUCAGCUGGAUGCGAGAGAUUGUUGUGGGCGGCUCAUUCUUUACCAUCAACGGUCUCAUCUUUUUCUUCUCCCACUGCCUGAUGAAGAGAAAAGAUCUGGAGGAGGGGUUCACGAUGCAAUAACAAUAUGGAGCAGAAGAAGCAUCCCCAAAGAUUUUUACCCUAUUUAGCAAAGGCAAUCCAUUCCCUAGGACCCUGCUUAAUUCCCUAUUGCCUGCUUCAGUGUCCCCAAGAGACAAAAGUGAUGAAUGCUGAACUUAAAUUACUUGUCCUGCUUCUCUCCUCUGUGCCUUCAAACAUGUCUCACAUCUCUCUAAUUAAAGGUGGGUGUUGUGUCUUUGUGCAGUGGGUUUUAUCAAAAGAUGUAUCUUCCUAUCCCCCACCCUGGAGCGUGUGUUUGUGUGGGGGAGGGG